CCAAAACGGCAUCCAUUUUUCCUCGGGUGUACACUCUCUCGGAAGAAAAUCACACAACAAAUUUGCUGUCGCUUGGUUUUGUUGAAAAUUUUGCAAGUUUUUUGGUGUGUUUUGGAUAUAAAAUAUAGCUAAACUAUGUCCAAGGAGGAGGACAACGUGGAGGCGCCGGAUACGAAUGAAAAUUCGAAUGAAUCCACUUCCGAUACGACGUCGUCCCACAAGGAACCGGAUUACGAUGCGACGCUGGAGACGGAUCGCGGCAAGCGGUUCGAGUUUUUGCUAAAGCAGACGGAAAUUUUCGCUCACUUUAUGCAAACCGGAAAGAAGAACGAAUCGAGCAGUAGCAGUCCUCCGGCCAAACCGAAAGCCAGCGGAACCAAGAGCAAACGGGAGAAGGCACCGUCGAUCAGCGAAGAUCCGGGAGACCACCGACACCGGAAAACGGAACAGGAAGAGGAUGAGGAGCUGCUGGCUGAGGCGGCCACCAAGGCCAAAACGGUGUUCCGUUUCGAAGCGUCGCCACCGUACAUCAAGUUCGGCGAGAUGCGAGACUACCAGAUACGUGGUUUAAACUGGAUGAUUUCGCUGUACGAAAACGGAAUCAAUGGUAUUUUGGCCGAUGAGAUGGGUUUGGGAAAGACGUUGCAGACGAUUUCUCUGCUCGGUUAUUUGAAGAAUUUUCGGAAUAACCCAGGACCCCAUAUCGUCAUUGUUCCGAAAUCGACGCUGCAGAAUUGGGUCAACGAGUUUGGCCGCUGGUGUCCAUCGCUGAGGGCAGUUUGUUUGAUUGGUGACCAGGAGACGAGAAAUGCUUUCAUUAGGGAUGUACUGAUGCCGGGAGAAUGGGAUGUUUGUAUCACUUCCUAUGAAAUGUGUAUUCGGGAGAAGGCAGUUUUCAAGAAAUUCAAUUGGCGUUACAUGGUCAUUGAUGAGGCUCAUCGUAUCAAGAAUGAAAAGUCCAAAUUGUCUGAGAUUUUACGGGAGUUCAAGACAGCUAACCGUUUGCUUUUGACGGGAACGCCUUUGCAGAACAAUUUGCACGAGCUAUGGGCUUUGUUGAACUUUUUGCUGCCGGAUAUUUUCAACAGCGCGGAUGAUUUCGACUCCUGGUUCGACGCGAACGAAUGUAUUGGAGAUAACACUUUGAUUGAACGUUUGCAUGCGAUCUUGAAACCUUUCUUGCUGCGUCGUUUGAAGUCUGAGGUGGAGAAACGUUUGUUGCCCAAGAAAGAGGUCAAAAUCUUCGUGGGAUUGUCGAAGAUGCAAAGAGAAUGGUAUACGAAAAUUUUGAUGAAAGAUAUUGACAUUGUCAAUGGAGCCGGCAAGCUGGAAAAGAUGCGUUUGCAAAAUAUUCUGAUGCAGCUGCGAAAAUGUACCAACCACCCUUAUCUGUUUGAUGGUGCCGAACCUGGUCCACCAUACACGACCGAUUACCAUUUGCUCGAGAACAGCGGAAAAAUGGUGGUUCUGGAUAAGCUGCUGAUAAAAUUGCAGGAACAAGGCUCUCGAGUGUUGAUCUUCAGUCAGAUGACACGUAUGUUGGACAUUUUGGAAGAUUACUGUCACUGGCGUGGCUAUCACUACUGCCGAUUGGAUGGCCAAACACCGCAUGAAGAUCGUACGAAGAUGAUUGACGAAUACAAUAUGGAAAACAGUCUCAAGUUUAUAUUCAUGUUGUCGACUCGCGCUGGAGGUUUGGGUAUCAAUUUGGCCACUGCUGAUGUUGUUAUCAUUUACGAUUCUGAUUGGAAUCCUCAGAUGGACUUGCAGGCCAUGGAUCGUGCCCAUCGUAUUGGCCAGAAGAAGCAAGUACGAGUCUUCCGUUUGAUCACGGAAAACACAAUCGAGGAAAAGGUUGUGGAAAGAGCCGAAGUCAAAUUGAAGCUAGACAAAUUGGUUAUCCAGCAAGGUCGUUUGGUAGAUAACAAGGUCAAUCAGCUGAACAAAGACGAAAUGUUGAACAUCAUCCGUUUCGGCGCGAACCACGUGUUCCAAUCGAAGGAUUCUGAAAUCACCGACGAAGACAUUGACAACAUUCUCGAGCGUGGUGAGGCGAAAACCAUGGAACAGAAUGCCAAACUGGAGAAAAUGGGAGAAUCCUCUUUGCGUUCCUUCACUCUGGACACCGAAAACGAACGAGGUUCCGUCUAUCAAUUCGAAGGCGAGGAUUAUCGUGAAAAACAGAAACUCCACACCCUCGGAUCCUGGAUCGAACCACCGAAACGUGAGCGUAAGGCCAACUAUGCUGUUGACGCCUACUUCAAGGAAGCUCUCCGUGUGGCGGAACCCAAAGCACCGAAAGCACCUCGGCCACCGAAACAACCGAUCGUUCAGGACUUUCAGUUCUUCCCGCCUAGACUUUUCGAGCUGUUAGAUCAGGAAAUCUACCACUACCGCAAAACGGUCAAUUAUAAAGUUCCCAAAAAUCCGGAUCUCGGCUCAGAAGCCACCAAAACUCAACGUGAAGAACAACGCAAAAUCGACGAGGCCGAACAGCUCACUGAAGAGGAAAUCGCCGAGAAAGAAUCUCUCCUGACCCAAGGUUUCACCAACUGGAACAAACGUGAUUUCAAUCAGUUUAUCAAAGCCAAUGAAAAAUUCGGUCGCGAUGAUAUCGAAAACAUUGCCAAGGAGGUUGAAGGCAAAACCCCUGAGGAGGUCAUGGAAUACAGUGCGGUCUUUUGGGAACGCUGCCACGAGCUGCAGGACAUCGAGCGACUGAUGGGCCAAAUCGAACGUGGUGAAGCUAAAAUCCAACGUAGAGCAUCGAUUAAAAAAGCGCUGGAUGGAAAGAUGUCCCGGUACCGUGCUCCAUUCCAUCAACUUCGCAUAUCCUACGGUAACAACAAGGGCAAAAACUACACCGAAGAAGAGGAUCGGUUCCUGGUUUGCAUGCUACACAAGCUCGGUUUCGACAAAGAGAACGUGUACGAAGAACUUCGGGCAGCGGUCCGGUCGGCACCACAGUUCCGUUUCGAUUGGUUCCUAAAAUCGCGAACAGCAUUGGAAUUGCAGCGACGCUGCAACACCCUGAUUACCCUAAUAGAGCGUGAAAAUCAGGAACUAGAAGAAAAGGAACGGCAGGAGAAGAAGAAAAAAACUGGAGCCGUGUCCACCGGAACGCCGAAAGCGGCAGCCGGCAAACGAAAAGCCGAAACGACAACCACUCCAAGCGAUAAGAACUCGAAGAAAAAGAAGAAGUAAAUCGGUUGACAUCGCAACUUCGGGUUUUUAUAAGAAACGACAAUUUUUAAAAUAGCUUGGAAUAUUAGAGAACAGCUUUCUCGAAACAUUGGAGUGUGAAAGUCUAAUGUGCGGCAAAGUUCCACCUGUAAUCGUCAAACAGUGAUUAAUUUAUUGUGAAGUAUUAUUCCCCGUAUAACUGUGUAUCAUGUUAGUUUGUAAAUGAUAUAAGGUAAUCGGAACAUUGCUGCCUUGGGUGAUGCCGUGAGGUACAUUUCUCCCUAUAUCAGUGGUCGAGUAUAGGCGUUCCAGCAAUUCCAAACUCAAACAAAUCUACUGAAAGUACUCGGUGUUUAGAACUGUAGAAUCACUUUAACUAAACAAACAUGUGCUAAUUUUUUAAGCAUUCAUUAUCAACUUAUUCUGAACAUUACAAUAAAACAUAUUCAAAUGAAUGCAUUGGCAUUACAA